GGAGAAAGAAGGGGAACUGGUGUGAAAAGGAAGAGUAGAGGAGUGACGUUGCAGGGUUUCUUUUUCUUCACACAGGCUCUGCCGGUAUUCGGCGAUCGAGCUUGGUGAAGGGUUACGCGGCUGCGAUCGAUUCUAGCUGUGAGGCCUCUGCAACGAAGACGUUAGCCGGCGACGAUAACAACAGUUCCCACGUGACCGCAUCACCCUCUGCCGCCGCUUGCCUUUUUCUGGCUGUUGGUUUUAUUGUUAUUUAUGGUUACUGUUAGAUUCUUCGGAGAAGAGAAGUUUUAUUGACAGGUUUGGUGGUGUUAAGAGAGCAAAGGUAUAAUCUUCGGCAUUGGGUUUGGAUAGGAGUAGACGGAGGAGGGAAGAAUCAGGGAAGAGAAGAGGGCGAAGAGGGUAAAGAUUGAAUCUUCUAGGCUCUUUUUUUGGUGGGCUGGUGAAGAAAUUGAUGAAUUUGGGGUAUUGCAUGAUCGGCGGUAGAAGGUGUGGUUGUGGAUCCAGAAGCAGCUGAGGUUCCGAUCUGGUCGAGCUCUGUUGAAAUGGCUGCUUUUGUGGUUGGGUCCCCUGUUUGGGUGGUGGAUCCAGAGGUAGCUUGGAUAGAUGGGGAGGUUGUGCAGGUAAAUGGUGAAGAAAUUACAGUCAUCUGUACAUCAGGGAAAACGGUUGUUGUUAAAGCAUCCAAUGUUUAUGCCAAAGAUGCUGAAGCACCGCCAUGUGGUGUGGAUGAUAUGACAAAACUAGCUUAUUUGCAUGAACCAGGAGUCCUGCAUAAUUUGAGAACUAGAUAUGACAUCAAUGAAAUUUAUACUUACACAGGAAAUAUAUUGAUUGCUGUGAAUCCUUUUAGAAGACUACCUCAUUUGUAUGAUAAUCAUAUGAUGGAGCAAUAUAAAGGGGCAGCCUUUGGUGAGCUGAGUCCACAUCCUUUUGCUAUUGCUGAUGCUUCUUACAGACUGAUGAUGAAUGAGGGGAUAAGUCAAUCGAUUCUUGUAAGUGGAGAAAGUGGAGCAGGUAAAACCGAAAGCACAAAAAUGCUUAUGCGUUAUCUUGCAUAUAUUGGAGGAAGAGCUGCAGCCGAGGGGCGGACAGUGGAACAGCAAGUAUUAGAGUCAAAUCCUGUUCUAGAAGCAUUUGGUAAUGCAAAGACUGUCAGAAAUAAUAAUUCAAGUCGUUUUGGUAAGUUUGUGGAGAUCCAGUUUGAUCAGCGGGGAAGAAUUUCAGGAGCUGCCAUCAGAACCUACUUGCUAGAGCGAUCUCGUGUUUGUCAAGUGUCUGAUCCUGAGAGAAAUUACCACUGCUUCUACAUGCUUUGUGCUGCACCACCAGAGGAUGUUGGGAGGCUUAAAUUGGGAAACCCUAGGACAUUCCAUUAUCUGAAUCAAUCAAAUUGUUAUGAGCUGGAUGGAGUAGAUGAUUCAAAGGAAUAUAUUGCAACUAGAAGGGCAAUGGAUAUUGUUGGAAUCGGUAAUGAUGAGCAGGAUGCAAUCUUCCGAGUUGUGGCUGCAAUUCUUCAUUUAGGGAACAUUGAGUUUGUGAAAGGGAAGGAAAUGGAUUCAUCUGAGCCAAAAGAUGAAAAAUCUCGCUUCCAUCUUAGAACCGCUGCUGAACUUUUUAUGUGUGAUGAGAAGGCUCUUGAAGACUCUUUAUGCAAAAGAGUGAUUGUAACCCGUGAUGAGACUAUAACAAAAUGUCUUGAUCCAGAUUCUGCUGCUCUCAGUAGAGAUGCUUUAGCCAAGAUUGUGUAUUCAAGACUGUUUGAUUGGAUUGUGAAUAAGAUAAAUAGUUCAAUUGGUCAGGAUCCUGAUUCAAAAUUCUUAAUUGGGGUGCUGGAUAUUUAUGGAUUCGAAAGUUUCAAGACAAACAGUUUUGAGCAAUUCUGUAUCAAUUUGACCAAUGAGAAACUGCAGCAACAUUUCAAUCAGCAUGUUUUUAAAAUGGAGCAAGAAGAAUAUACUAAAGAAGAGAUUAACUGGAGCUACAUAGAGUUCAUUGAUAACCAAGAUGUUCUUGAUCUUAUUGAAAAGAAACCUGGUGGGAUCAUUGCUCUUCUGGAUGAAGCUUGCAUGUUUCCAAGAUCAACGCAUGAAACUUUUGCACAAAAGCUGUAUCAGACAUUUAAAAAUCAUAAACGCUUCAGCAAGCCAAAGUUGUCACGCACUGACUUUACUAUAUCUCAUUAUGCAGGUGAUGUCACUUAUCAGACUGAUUUGUUCCUUGACAAGAACAAAGAUUAUGUUGUUGCUGAGCAUCAAGCACUCUUGAGUGCUUCAAAGUGUUCCUUUGUCUCUGAUUUGUUUCCACCACUUCCUGAGGAGUCGUCCAAAACUUCAAAAUUCUCAUCAAUAGGCUCACGAUUUAAGCAACAACUGCAAGCUUUGCUUGAUACUCUGAGUUCCACUGAGCCACAUUACAUUCGUUGUGUAAAGCCCAAUAAUCUUCUUAAGCCAGCUAUUUUUGAGAACCAUAAUGCUCUGCAACAGCUUCGGUGUGGGGGAGUCAUGGAAGCAAUUAGGAUAAGUUGUGCAGGUUAUCCUACAAGAAAAACAUUUUGUGAAUUUUUAGACCGUUUUGGCAUUCUUGCACCCUAUGUUCUUGAUGGGAGCUCUGAUGAGGCUACAGCUUCCAAGAUGUUGCUGGAGAAGUUGGAUCUCAAAGGCUAUCAGAUCGGCAAAACAAAGGUGUUUCUUAGGGCUGGCCAGAUGGCAGAACUUGAUGCCCGUAGAAGUGAGGUUUUAGGAAGAUCAGCAAGCAUUAUCCAGAGGAAAGUCCGCUCAUUCUUGGCUCAUAAAAGCUUUAUUUUGUUGCGGCGAUCUGUGUUAUGGAUUCAAGCUGCAUGCAGAGGACAAAUUGCUCGUCAACUUUAUGGGAACAUGCGGAGAGAAGCUGCUUGUCUGCGUAUCCAGAAACAUUUGCGCAUGUAUCUUGCUAGGAAAGCUUACAAAAAAUUGUGUUCUUCGGCUAUUUCUCUUCAAGCAGGUAUUCGUGGGAUGGCUGCUCGUAAGGAGCUUCACUUCAGGAGGCAAACAAGAGCAGCAAUUAUUAUCCAGAGUCAAUGCCGGCAAUACUUAUCUCGCUUACACUACACGAGGAUAAAGAAGGCAGCAAUUUCCACACAAUGUGCCUGGAGAGGAAGAGUUGCUAGAAGAGAACUACGGAAACUUAAAAUGGCUGCAAAAGAAACUGGUGCCCUGCAGGCUGCCAAAAAUAAAUUGGAAAAGCAAGUUGAAGAAUUGACAUGGCGACUACAGCUAGAGAAACGCAUGAGGGCGGACAUUGAAGAAGCAAAAACACAAGAAAAUGCAAAACUACAAUCUGCUUUGCAAGAGUUGCAACUUCAAUUUAAUGAAGCAAAAGCAAUGCUGGUUAAGGAACGGGAGRCUGCAAAGAGGGCAGCAGAGAAAGUUCCCAUCAUACAAGAAGUUCCAGUUAUUGAUCAUACAAUGAUGGACAAAGUUACUGCUGAAAAUGAAAAACUCAAGGCCUUGGUGAGUUCCCUGGAAAAGAAAAUUGAYGAAACAGAGAGAAAAUAUGAAGAAACAAAUAGAGUUAGUGAAGAAAGGUUAAAGCAAGCUUUGGAUGCAGAAUCAAAGAUGGUUCAAUUGAAGACUGCAAUGCAAAGACUUGAGGAGAAACUCUCUGACAUGGAAUCUGACCACCAAAUUAUCCGGCAACAGUCCUUGUUAAACUCACCAGUAAAACGUAUGUCAGAACAUUUAGACAUUCCAACAACCAAGAUUCUAGAAAAUGGUCACCACGAGAGUGAAGAGACAAGAGCCAACGAAGCAUGGGGUGCAACACCUGUAAAAAAGUUUGGAACAGAAACUGACAACAAGUCGAGGAGAUCCCACAUUGAAAGACAACAUGAGAGUGUUGAUGCUCUUAUCAAAUGUGUGAUGCAAGAUCUUGGGUUCAGUCAAGGAAAACCAGUUGCAGCAUUUACUAUAUAUAAAUGUCUGCUCCAUUGGAAAUCGUUUGAAGCUGAAAGAACAAGUGUUUUUGAUCGUCUGAUUCAGAUGAUAGGUUCUGCAAUAGAGAAUCAAGAUAACAAUGAGCAUAUGGCUUACUGGUUGUCAAAUACAUCUUCCCUGUUGUUCCUGUUACAACGGAGUCUAAAAGCUGCUGGUACAGCUACCGCAACUCCACAUCGGAGGCCUCCCCCUGCAACUUCAUUAUUUGGGAGAAUGACCCAAGGUUUCCGCUCGUCUCCUUCUUCUGCCAACUUUGCUGUAGGGCUUGAAGUUGUACGUCAAGUUGAGGCGAAGUACCCAGCAUUGCUGUUCAAGCAGCAGCUGACAGCAUAUGUGGAGAAGAUAUAUGGAAUUAUAAGAGAUAAUGUGAAGAAGGAUUUGGCAUCACUACUUUCCCUAUGCAUCCAGGCACCAAGAACAUCAAGGGGAAAUGUGCUGCGGUCGUCUGGGAGAUCGUUUGGCAAUAACUCUCCAACUAGUCACUGGCAAAGCAUUAUUGAGACCCUCAAUGCACUUCUCAAUAUUUUGAAAGAAAACUUUGUUUCUCAAGUUCUCAUUCAAAAGAUGUUUGCUCAGAUUUUCUCAUAUAUAAAUGUCCAGAUGUUUAAUAGCCUUCUACUUCGCCGAGAGUGCUGUACAUUUAGCAAUGGUGAGUAUGUGAAAGCUGGGUUAGCCGAAUUGGAGCUAUGGUGUUGCCAAGCAAAAGAAGAGUAUGCAGGCUCAUCAUGGGAUGAACUUAAGCACAUAAGACAAGCUGUUGGGUUCUUGGUUAUACACCAAAAGUCCAGGAUUUCAUAUGAUGAAAUCACCAAUGACCUCUGUCCUAUUUUGAGCGUCCAACAGCUUUAUAGAAUAUGUACACUCUACUGGGAUGACAAGUACAACACUCGAAGUGUAUCUCCAAAUGUCAUUUCUAGUAUGAGGGUGCUAAUGACAGAGGACUCCAAUGAUGCCGAUAGCAACUCAUUUUUAUUGGAUGACAGUUCCAGUAUUCCCUUCUCAGUUGAUGACAUAUCUAAUUCUCUACAAGAGAAGGACUUCUUAGAUGUCAAACCUGCAGAAGAGCUCCUUGAGAAUCCAGCCUUCCAUUUUUUACAGGAAUGAGGUUCUCCAGCAAAUCUUUUUCCUCGUCAUCAUUUUUCCAUAGUUCCAUGAGGUAGACAGUGAAUUUCAGUCUUGUCAGUCUAUGUCAGCAUGUGAUGUAAAUUCUUCCAUUUCCACCAUUUUCAUCAUGUUUGUUCCGUUUCUCCCAUAUCCACGCCCCUUUUGUAAAAUAUUCUUUGCAUUUAUAUUUUUGUAUAAUGCUUUAGGUCUCUAGGGUGAUUCAAAAUAGUUAAGGGGCAGGGAUGGAUUUUCCUUACUAUCAAAUGCAUUAUAUUUUGUUUUGUUUUUCUUUUGUUAUUGGGGCAGCAUUCUUUGUAAGGGGGCUAGAAGGCAACAUACUGUUGGUGGGAGGAGCCGAUAUUGUUCCCCCUCUACCAAUUUGUAUAAAGCAUCAAAUAUGUGAACACGUUAUAGGGGAAUUCUUUGGUGAUUGGUUUUUGUAGACAAUUUGGUUGGGUUUUUUUAAAGAGUGAAGUUUGUAAAAAAAAAAAAAAAAGAAAGAAUUUGUAUUAUUUUGACUUGGUAUUGCCUAUUUAUCAAGGGAAAAAAUGAACCAUUUUAUUUC